CUCCGUACGGAGGACAAGCCGGCGGCAAGAGCGCCACAAACAGCGUGAGGGAAUCCCUCUACUUCGGCACUGUCAUAAGCUGGCCGGAGCAGAUGUAGGUGCAGUGUUCAGGUCCUGGGGACGCCAGUGCAGACGACGCGAGCCAGAUCAGCGGAACCAACCAGGAACAAUAACAGCGUUCUACUGCUCAAAAGGUAUUUUAUUUCUACAAAAGGCAAAGCUGUGCAUUUAUACCCAAUAAACAAACUACGUUCAUCUCCAAAUAGGAAGAUUUCUGGAGAAUUUCGCAUUUUUUCACCAAGAUUGGAGAUCGAUAAGGAACUUAAAGGAAUCGAGGUAAAGUGUCUCGCUCGAUCGGUACCAGUACAGCUUCACGCCCCCAGCUGUGCAAGGGCGGAAUUUCGGAAACAUCCCGCACGGGUGAGUGAUGCGAUGGGCUUGACAUGCGAUUGACAUGCGAGUGAUGCGAUUGUACACAAAUUGUAGAAUAUGUAGCUUAUAGCAAGACAAUAUUUUAUAGUCAAACAAUAUGUACGAUACAGCUAAACGUUACGUGAAUAGUAGUUUUGCUUUAAGAUUACAAACUGCGCUAGUUUAGAAAUGAUUGCAAAGUUUUUUUUCUCCAUAAAUUGUCCAUAUUUUGUACCUCCGGAAAUCGGAUGACGAGAUGAGUAAAUCAGAUGAACUGGCAUCAGGUCCCGGAGUUCCCAUGGCUUGCGCCUUGCUAUUCUUGGGAUAAGUUUCCGUUUCUCCGUGACCCUGCACUGGAUCACACUGCAAAAACGCAAAUCGGAGGCUUGAAAGCGAUUGAGCUGGCUGACGUGUAUUUGUGGAUCUAAACACAUCCAUGAGCUCAGUGCAUGGAUUUAGCUCAACAGAGUGUAUUGCGUGUUAUGUAUGAUCAGCAAUAGGGCGAUUUGGCUUUAUAUAAAGUGUAACUUAAUUAAAUAUGAAAUAUGACUUUUGAAUGAGAUGCUCGGCUGCGUUUCUAGCCGGACCCUUUUCAGCGCUGCACACAAACUCUGCCUGGGUUUCGCACUGCUGGCCGUUCGCCUCCCAUCCUCCGCUGCUUUCUCUCUGCAUACUAAAGAUAAUCCUCCGGGGGAACUCUCAGACGGAAGCCCUUAAGUCUGGAAACACUGCAGGUCAUAUGGAAUCCAGUGAAGAUGAAUGUCCACUCAGUGUUGGAGGCUCCUCUAGUGAGGAGAAUUACUUCCUGGGCUACACAUUCACUGACCGGUCACACUCCAGCCGCGUGGUGAAGAGCAUCAUGGAUCUCUGCUUGGAAGACGGCCUCUUUGCCGACGUCACCGUCAUGGUGGACGGCCGGGAGUUCCUCCUGCACCGCCUGGUGCUGUCGGCCCAGAGCCUCUUCUUCCGCUCAAUGUUCACGUCGAACCUGAAGGAGGCGCAGAACCGCAGCAUCGAGCUGAAGGGGGUCAGCGCCCCCGUCUUUCAGCUUCUGGUCGACUACAUCUACCACGGCACCAUAAAGCUGCGGGUGGAGGACCUCCAGGACACCUACGAGAUGGCCGACAUGUACCAGCUGAUGGCACUUUUUGAGGAGUGCUCCCGUUUCCUGUCACGCACCACGGAGGUCAAGAAUUGCCUGCAGGUGAUGUGGUUGGCUGAUAGGCACAGCGACCUGGAGCUCUACACGGCUGCUAAGCACUGUGCCAAGAUCCACCUGGUUCAGCUCCACCAAACAGAGGAGUUUCUCAAUCUGCCCCUGCGUCUCCUCAUGGACAUCAUCAAAGAUGGGGUACCAACUUCCCAGAAUCCUACUGGAGCUAUUGAUUCCUGGAUAAACCAUAACAGGGUGGAAAGACAGGAGUUCUCCAACAUGUUGCUGGACAGCUUGAAGGAGAUUGGCGAGAACGUGCACAUCUACCUGAUCGGCAAAGAAGAAACGCGCACGCACUCACUGGCUGUGUCCCUGCACUGUGACGAAGAUGAUGCCAUCAGCGUCAGCGGCCAGAACAGUCUGUGCCACCAGAUCACGGCCGCCUGCAAGCACGGGGGUGACCUCUAUGUGGUGGGAGGGUCCAUCCCCCGUCGCAUGUGGAAGUGCAACAUGCACACCAUGGACUGGGAGCGCUGUGCCCCGCUACCACGCGACCGUCUGCAGCACACGCUGGUGUCGGUGCCCAGUGAGGACGCCAUCUACUCUUUGGGUGGCAAGACCCUGCAGGACACGCUUUCCAAUGCUGUCAUUUACUACACGGUGCAGGACAACAUGUGGACCGAGACGAGCCAGCUGGACACGGCCGUGUCGGGGGCGGCCGGGGUCAACCUGGGUGGCACCAUCUACUUGCUCGGGGGCGAGGAGAACGACAUGGACUUCUUCACCAAGCCCUCACGGCUCAUCCAGUGCUUUGACACGGCAGCACAGAAGUGCCACAUCAAGCCGUACGUGUUGCCGUUCGCCGGGUGCAUGCACGCCACCGCGCACAAGGACCUGAUCUUCGUGGUGGCCGAGGGCGACUCCCUGGUGUGCUACAACCCGCUGCUGGAGAGCUUCACGCGUCUCCGCUUCCCCGACGCCUGGAGCUGCGUGCCGUCGCUCUGGAAGGUGGCCAGCUGCAACGGCUGCAUUUACGUCUUCCGGGACAAGUGCAAGAAGGGCGAUGCCAACACGCUGAAGCUGAACCCAGCCACCUCCGUGGUGUCCGUCAUCAAGGGGAUCAAGAUCUUGCUCACGAACUGGCAGUUUGUCUUGGCUUAAUGCCUCUAUCUUUCCUGUUUUUUUCCCUCUCUUUUUCUGUCUUUUUUGCCAACUUGGUAUUUGCUCUCCAGACAUUGCGGGGGUCUCCGCACAGGGCUUUCCACCCACCCACAUAUCCACCCAAAUUAGCCUAUCUCAGCAGAUGGCACAUUUCUCAUGUAUAUAAGUGGCUUUUUGCUCCGUUUGGUCUUUUUGCAGCAUGAGUCAUAGUAGUUCAUUUUAUCAGAAUAUUCAUUUAUUAUCUAUCUGUUCAGUUUAUUUUCCACCUCAGCUUAUGUCCGGAGAUAUGUGUUUUGUCAUUGUGAGGGCUCUUUCACCAGAAAAAAAAGCAGAAUGAAUUAUAUUACCGUCCCUCUCAGAUGGAAGAGGUUGCUUCUGGUGUUAGAUAAUCAAGGACACAUUCCCCGAAAGGCUGCAGGACAUCCACACAUAGCCACUAACCACAAAUUAAAGGCCUCAGAUCAGACUCCGGGGUCCAAUGUGCAGAAUCGUGUUUCCAACAUGUUUUUAAUUAUAAUUUUUUUUUGCUUAGUUAAAAAUACAUCCACUCUUAUCGUUAUGGAAAACAGUUCUGUUGCUGAUCUGCCGUGUUUUUUCAAACGUUCAUGUGUAUAUUACAUAUCUCGAUAUUUUUCAUUUGUAUCACCCAGUAUUUUUCAAAACCAUCCGUUAUUUCAGCUAAUUGGCACAGUUUAUGCAUAAAGUACUUUAGGGGAA